GAAGCGUGCAGAGUGAAUGCCAAGAGAAAAGGCACAAAAACCCUAUUGAGAGGCCCCGGCCGCUCCUGGCGUAGCCCAUCACAUGGCAAUAGUCCUAUUUAAGCGGCGCUGCCGGCGCCUUUCAGCACCACUAGCGCUGGCCAGCACCCCGCGCUCUUUGGGCGGCGCCCGCGGCAGCGGAGGCGGCGGUUUCAGCCUGGGCCUGGGCUGCGCCUUCAGCCUCCCCAGAGGAGGCAGCUGCAAGCGGCCGCGGCCGGAGGAAGCUCGUGGAGAGCCCGGAGGUCCGGCGAGCGCAAGGGGAGGGCUGGUGGCGGGGCAGACGCGCGCCGAGGCCAUGCCGCGCUCCUUCCUGGUGGACUCUCUGGUGCUGCGCGAAGCAGGCGAGAAGAAGGCGCCCGAGGGCAGUCCGCCGCCGCUCUUUCCCUACGCGGUUCCCCCGCCGCACGCGCUGCACGGUCUCUCUCCCGGCGCUUGCCACGCGCGCAAAGCCGGGCUUCUGUGCGUAUGCCCGCUCUGCGUCACCGCCUCACAGCUGCACGGGCCCCCCGGGCCGCCCGCGCUGCCACUGCUCAAAGCAUCCUUCCCGCCCUUCGGCUCUCAGUACUGCCACGCGCCCCUUGGCCGCCAGCACUCGGCCGUGUCGCCCGGGGUCGCUCACAGUCCGGCCGCCGCUGCAGCAGCGGCCGCGCUCUACCAGACUUCCUACCCGCUGCCGGAUCCUCGGCAGUUCCACUGCAUCUCCGUGGACAGCAGCUCGAACCAGCUGCCCAGCAGCAAGAGGAUGCGGACCGCGUUCACCAGUACGCAGCUGCUGGAGCUGGAGCGCGAAUUCGCCUCCAAUAUGUACCUGUCCCGCCUUCGCCGCAUCGAGAUCGCAACCUACCUGAAUCUGUCCGAGAAGCAGGUGAAGAUCUGGUUUCAGAACCGCCGGGUGAAGCACAAGAAGGAGGGCAAGGGCAGCAACCACCGCGGCAGCGCCGGCGGUGCGGCUGCGGGUGCCGGCGGGGGCGCACCGCAAGGCUGCAAGUGCGCGUCGCUGUCCUCAGCCAAGUGCUCAGAGGAUGACGACGAAUUGCCCAUGUCUCCAUCCUCCUCCGGGAAGGACGACCGGGAUCUUACGGUCACUCCGUAGGCGUUCGUCCCUCUAGGCCGCCCACCCCAAGACCUCCCGGCGCCUGAAAGACUAGUCUUGGGACGCAACGCUGGUUCCCAGGAACCCGCUGCCAAUCGACUGUCUCUCACGGAUUUGGCAUGGCUUUGCCAAGACCCCUAGCUCUGGGCAGAGCUGAGAACUUAGCAGAGACUCGAGGAUGGUAUCCCGGUCCCCAAGGGCGUCCAAAGCGAACUCCAGACUGAUCCUACAGCGUCAGCAGUGCAGCACCACGGCCCCCGCGCCAUACCGCCCUGUCCAGCGCCUUGCUGGUGGUAGGCGCCUCCUUGCCUGCCCUAUGGGCUGGCUCAGGCUUCCUCGCUUCCUCCACUCUUCUCCACCCUCUGUCAAGUUCAGCCUUUCAUUCCUCGGAUGCCCUUUUGCUUCCCGUUUAAAAAAUCUCUCUCUCCCAAUUCUUUCCUGCAGUUGUUAUCCAUGCCCCUCCACAACACACACACACACACACACACACACACACAAUUUAUGAACUUUUGUUUUCUUUGCCCUUUCCCUUCCCCUCCUCAGGGAGCCUUCUCCAACAGUGAGUUUAUUUGUCCCUUGAUGAGGCCUUGAGGUACGGAGUCCCCGAAACUCCUCUCCACGGAGAGUUAUCUCUUGUGGCACCUAUGGAGGAAAACGAUUCACUUUGUUUCCGACGUGCACUGCAUUCCCCCAAACCCUAGACCCCGGCUCUCCGCCUCGGGUGACCCCUCCCUUCCCCUCCACCCAGGUCUCGGCCCCGCCCUGGCCUAGCUGUGUAAUUGUACGGUUUCUGUAAUACCAGAAGAUAUUUAUUUAUUUAUUUAUGUACAAAAUUUUAAAU